AUGAACAUUGUGACAAAACGUUGUGUAGAACAGAUUAAUGUAGUUGAAGUGAGGAAGAAUGAGAGUUGUCCCAACCCGCCAGCACCCCCUACCCCCAUUCCCACACUUUCCCUCAUGGGAGUCUGCUGGGAGCACUUCAAAAACCACUGGAAAGGCUGGGCACGGUGGCUCACGCCUGUAAUCCCAGCACUUUGGGAGGCCAAGGCAGGCGGAUCACAGGUCAGGAGUUCAAAACCAGCCUAGCCAACAUGGCGAAACCCCAUCUUUACUAAAAAUACGAAAAUUAGCCAGGUAUUAGAAUUAUUUCUGAAUUAUCAGUCUCUCAUUUGUGCUUUGGGGAAGCAGAAAAGGCAAAAGGGGUCUUUGGCCAUCUUCUGCUGGAGCUUCCAGGGAGGAUGUGUCUCCAAGAGACCAGAUGUGCCGGGUUUGAAAUCCCAGAAGCCCAAGAGGAAAAGAACCACAGGGAGGAAAAGACUGUCCAAAGGCUUCUGGAGUCUUCUGUGCUCUAACCUUGGAAGGUUUUGA